CAGAGGCCGCGUCUCCUCCAGCCCAUCAUCAGACCCAAAAGACCAAAGACUUGCUUUGCGUUCGAGAAGUAAAAAAGCAAGUGGCGGAAAAUCGGACUUUUCAUGUUGUUUUGGCUUGCUGCGGCCGCUUAACAUUAUUCCUCUGCGACCCAUCAAUCAGACAAAAAUUAUAACAGAAAUGGCGGCCGAGCAGCAGCAAUUUUUCCUGAAAUGGAACGACUUCCAAUCAAACAUGGUCUCAUCCUUCAAGCACCUGCGUGAUGAGAAAAGCUUCACAGACGUGACACUGGCUUGUGACGGGCAGACCUGCAAAGCACACAAAAUGGUCCUCUCGGCCUGCAGUCCCUACUUUAAAUCGUUACUUGAGGAAAACCCCUCAAAGCAUCCUAUCAUCAUCCUCAAAGAUGUGCCAUUCUCGCACCUGCAGGCGAUUCUCGAGUUUAUGUACGCUGGUGAGGUUAACGUUUCUCAGGACCAACUGCCAGCCUUUUUGAAGACAGCUGAGCGGUUGAAAGUGAAAGGACUGGCUGAGGCACCCCAGUCAAUUAAGAGGGAACACUAGAUGGUUGUAAUUGUUGGAUCCAUGAAUUUCUAAGCAGCAGCGCAAGUCGGUCGGGCCACAUCUCAGCCGAUAACAGCGAUUACGUCAGGUUGCCAUUUCUCAGCAAAAUGCGGCCAGACUUCUCACCAAGCAACCGUUUUAACAAGUGAAGAAGAGAACAGCAAACCACACACAAACUUUUCCGUGCUCUGAACCUAAUAGUAAAUCUGCUUCAACUUGUUUGUCUGCUGGACCGAGAUAAUAUUUAUUUGCAACUAUAAUUGAUUGAAUUGUAAUUAUCUUCUCUAUGUGGUAAGGAAAAUUAAAGUAUGAGUUUUCCUCAUGCGUAAAUAAACGUAAAUAUUGAAUGUGCUUUGAUUCGGCACGCUGUUGUAGAAAUCAACAAGCCACCGGCGAUUUCCUUUUAUUUUAAUUCUUACUUUUUGUAUCAAAGCAUGUGUUAAAUUCGAAACACGGGCAGUCUCCAUAGUGCAGCGGCGCCAGUGUAAUUGAGGAUUUGUUCCUGUUAUCAAAAAAAAAUUGUUCAAACAAAAAAAAACAAACAC